AUCAACACCAAAGAGAUGUCUGUGUACCUGUGUCAAUCAAUCUUUUCCACUUUGAAAUUACUAUAAAUGUUGGAUCUUUAUAGCAUGACAGGUCUUGAGUGUUGUCUUCGUAGUAUAAGUUCCUGAUUGCAACUCAUUCAUCCUACGGUGGUAGUGUACAUUGCAUUUCCCGGUUUACCUUUUCAGAAAAAAGUUAUCCUGGUUUAGUUUCUCCAGUUUCCUUAGUCAGUGGAUUAACCAUGUCAUACGCCAUUUACAACUCAUACUUGUAACCAGUUGCAGCUCUAGAAAUAGAAAGAGAGAUUUCAAUCUUUAGAGAUGGAGACUGAUGUUCCAAGCAGUCAUGUACCAGAAGAAAAGCACAAACUAAACAAAACAAUGAAGAGAACACUCAUAAUAUUGAACUGCAUAAUGUUGGGGCUCGGCAACUGUGGUGGUCCUUUGAUUCAGCGUCUCUACUUUCUUAAAGGAGGCAAGAGAAUUUGGUUCUCAUGCUGGUUACUAACUGCUGGUUGGCCAUUUCUUUUGUUUCCACUCCUGAUUUCUUAUGCUUAUCGUAGAAGCAAAGAAGGUCCUGCAACAAAAGUUUGGUCUGUCAAGCCUAGAUUGUUCCUUUGUUGUGCCUUUAUUGGCCUUUUAACAGGGGUGGAUGAUUAUUUGGCUGCUUAUGGCGUUUCGCGCCUUCCUGUCAGUACCUCUGCUCUUAUAAUUGCCACUCAAUUGGCAUUUACUGCCGCAUUUGCCUUCCUCCUGGUUAAGCAAAAGUUUACACCUUUUAUCAUCAAUUCAAUAUUUUUAUUGUCUCUUGGUGCUGUAGUGCUUGGAUUUCAUUCUAGCACCGAUCGUCCUGCUCAUGAUUCCAACGUGCAAUACUACAUUGGUUUCUUUAUGACACUUGGAGCAUCUGCGUUAUACGGAUUUGUUUUGCCGCUGAUGGAGCUAACUUGCAAGAAAGCUAAGCAAGUCAUCACUUAUUCUCUGGUCAUGGAGAUGCAGUUGGUCAUAUCCUUCUUUGCAACUGCAUUCUGCACUGUAGGAAUGCUUAUCAACCAUGACUUCGCGGGCUCUCUCUCUCUCUUUAGCUCUACAUGUUUAUCUGUACAUAAUGCAUUAAUUUAUCUACAUAGAUCAAGGCGUAUUUAGCAUCAAAGCAUUGUGCUUUUGUGGUUGAAUUAACUGGAAAUAUGAAUUUUCUGGUUGAUG